AUGGAAAAGAAAGACGUGGUGGUGUUAGUGGUGCCUUUUGUGCUACAAGGUCAUCUCAAUCAACUCCUCCACCUCUCCGGUCUCCUAUCUUCCUAUAAUCUACCGAUUCAUGUCGUCGUCACAACCACCCACAGCCGUCAAGCAAAGCUUCGUGUCCACGGUUGGGAUCCCACCACCGCCACAAAUAUCCAUUUCCAUGAAUUUGAGACACCCAAAUUCGAAUCCCCUCCUCCAGAUCCUAAUGCUCCCGACAAAUUUCCUUCACACCUUCUUCCAUCGUUUCAACUACCAUCUCAUCUUCGCGAACCUUUUGCGAAACUAUUGUCUGAUAUUGCUCCCACCACCAGUCGAGUCAUCGUCAUUCAUGACUAUCUAAUGAGCUCAGUCGUUCAAGAUGUAAUUGCAUAUGAAAACGCAGAAGCUUAUGUCUUCUAUGGUGCUUCGGCUUUUACGACGUUCUCGUACCUUUGGGAACAGAAAGGAAGGCCAUGUUUAGAUGAUGCUGAAUCCUAUAUGCAACUUACAAAGAUCCCUGCUUUUGAAGGCUCUAUACCAGCAGAAAUAUUAGAAUCUGUUGCGUGUCAUAGUGUCUGUCAAACAUUUAAUUCAGGCAAUAUUCAUGACACAUGCAACGUUUUCGAUGGGAAAUUCAUUGACUUUCUUGCGAAAGAAGGACUAACUGGAAGUAGAAAGCAAUGGGCUAUGGGCCCUUUCAAUCCGGUGGCCAUAAGCGAUAACGAAGACCUUGGAAGACGUCACAUGUCGGUAGAGUGGCUUGACAAACAAGAUAAAGACUCGGUGCUAUAUGUUUCUUUUGGCACAACAACGUUAUUAUCCGAUGAUGAGAUCCGAGAACUUGCUAAUGGGUUAGAGAACAGCAAACAAAAGUUUAUUUGGGUUCUACGAGAUGCUGAUAAAGGAGAUAUCUUCGAUGGUGAAGUUAGGAGAGUUGAAUUGCCAAAAGGGUUUGAAGAGAGACUUGAAGAGAAGGGAUUGGUGGUGAGAGAAUGGGCACCCCAAUUAGAUAUACUAGCUCACCCUGCAACCGGAGGAUUUAUGAGUCACUGUGGGUGGAACUCUAGUAUGGAGAGCAUCACAAUGGGGGUUCCCAUAGCUGCAUGGCCGAUGCAUUCAGAUCAACCAAGAAACGCUACGCUAGUAACAGAGGUGCUAAAGACUGGUAUAAGUGUAAGGGAUUGGGAGAGUCGUGGUGAGCUAGUAACGUUUUCAACUAUUGAAACAAGUAUUCGGAAAUUGAUGGUUUCUGAUGAGGGAGAUGCGAUGAGGAAGAGAGCUGCUAACCUUGGUGAUGAUGUUAGGCGGUCUGUAGAAAAAGGUGGGGUGACACGCACGGAGAUAGAUUCGUUUAUUGCUCAUAUUACUAGAUAG